AUGGAAAAAAGCAAUAAUGUCACUGUGUUUAUUCUCUUGGGUUUAUCGCAAAACAAGAACAUCGAAAUCCUUUGCUUUAUCUUAUUUUUAUUUUGCUACCUUGCUAUUUGGAUGGGAAAUUUGCUCAUAAUGAUUUCUAUCACAUGCAGUCCACUCAUUAACCAACCCAUGUAUUUCUUCCUUAAUUACCUCUCACUCUCAGACCUUUGCUACCCAUCAACAGUGGUGCCCAAACUAAUGACUGAUUUAUUGGCAGAAAGGAAGACCGUUUCCUACAGUAGCUGCAUGACACAGCUUUUUAUCCUUCACUUCCUUGGAGGCAUUGAGAUCUUUGUCCUCACCGGGAUGGCCUAUGACUGCUACGUGGCCAUCUGCAAACCCCUGCACUACACUGUCAUCAUGAGCAGACAAAGGUGUAAUGCAAUCAUCCUAGCUUGUUGUACUGGGGGGUUUAUGCACUCCGCCAGUCAGUUUCUUCUCACCAUCUUUAUACUGGUCUGUGGCCCCAGUGAGGUUGAUCACUACUUCUGCGACGUGUAUCCUUUGCUGAAAUUGGCCUGUUCUAAUACACAUAUCGUAGGUCCCUUAGCCGUUGCUAAUUCAGGCCUAAUUGCUUUGGUGACCUUUGUUGUCUUGUUGGUGUCUUACUUUUUUAUACUGCACAGCAUCAGGGCAUAUUCCAUGGAGAGCCGCAGCAAAGCUCUUUCCACUUGCAGUUCUCAUAUCACAGUUGUAGUCCUGUUUUUUGCACCUGCAUUAUUCAUUUACAUUAGACCAGCCACAACUUUCCCAGAAGAUAAAGUGUUUGCUCUUUUCUACACCAUCAUUGCCCCCAUGUUCAACCCUCUGAUCUACACGCUGAGAAUAGUGGAGAUGAAGAACGCCUUGAGGAAAAUAUGGUGUCGUCAUAUGCUCCCAGAAGGAAAGUAG